UAUUUCUGUUUCGCAAGAUGAAAAUUUUCGUGUGACAAAGCAUGCGGAAAACAGUCUUAAAGUUAUGGAAAAAUAUUUACAUGAUCAACAAUUGACAGAUGUCAUAUUAAUUGCAGGUAAAAGACGUUUUCCAGCACAUCGUUUAGUACUCAGUGCAGGUUCAGAAUAUUUUGCCGCCAUGUUUACUAGUUCUUUAAGAGAAUCUGCACAAGAUGAAGUUGAAUUAAAGGGUGUAGAUGGGGAUGCAUUAUGGGCUUUGGUCUGUUAUUGUUACACAGGUUGCAUAGAAUUAAGGGAAGAUAGUGUAGAAACUCUUUUAGCCACAGCAUGUUUGCUACAAUUGAAUCCAGUUGUUAAGGCUUGUGGCCAAUUUCUUCGAAAACAACUUCAUCCAAGUAAUUGCAUAGGGAUAAGAAUGUUUGCCGAUACACAGGGUUGUACAGAUUUAUUAGAUCAUGCUAAUGCAUAUACAACAAAAUAUUUUAUGGAAGUUACAAAAAAUCAAGAAUUUUUAUUGUUAUCUGCCAAUGAAGUUGCCAAACUUUUAGAAUCUGAGGACCUCAAUGUUCCUUCAGAAGAAACUAUUUUUCAUGCACUUAUGACAUGGUUGGAACAUGAUCCAGAAAAUAGACGAAAAGAUGCAAGCAAGUUAUUAAGUCUUGUAAAGUUACCUCUAUUGUCUCCUGCAUUUAUAGCAGAUAAUAUUGAGAGUAAUGAAAUGUUCAAAGAUCAAAGAAUGGCACAGGAGUUAGUAAUGGAGGCAUUGAAAUAUCAUCUCUUACCUGAACGUAGACCAUUACUUCAGUCAGGACGUACAAAACCUAGGAAAGCCACAGUGGGUCAUAUGUUAGGAGUUGGGGGAAUGGAUGCUACUAAGGGUGCUACAUCUAUAGAUGCAUUUUCGCUACGUGAUAAUUCUUGGAAAUCAAUCUCUACCAUGAGUGGUAGAAGACUUCAAUUUGGUGCUGCUAUUGUUGAUAGAAAGUUAAUAGUUGCUGGUGGAAGGGAUGGAUUAAAAACAUUAAAUACAGUAGAAUGUUUUGAUUUUUCAACUUUCACUUGGAGUACACUAUCACCUAUGAAUGUUCAUCGCCAUGGAUUAGGUGUAGCUGUAUUAGGGGGACCAUUGUAUGCAGUUGGUGGUCAUGAUGGUUGGAGUUUUCUGGAUACUGUAGAAAGGUGGGAUCCAGCAACACGUCAGUGGGGUCCAGUUUCUACUAUGUCUAUACAAAGGUCUACAGUUGGUGUUGCUGUAUUAAAUGAUAAAUUGUAUGCUGUAGGUGGAAGGGAUAUAAGUUCAUGUCUAAACACUGUAGAAUGUUAUGAUCCACAUACAAAUAAGUGGACACCAUGUGCACCAAUGUCAAAACGACGUGGUGGUGUGGGUGUAGGUGUGGUAAAUGGAUGUCUUUAUGCAUUAGGUGGUCACGAUGCACCUUCCAGUAAUCCUAAUGCUAGUAGAUUCGAUUGUGUUGAAAGGUAUGAUCCGAAGACAGACACAUGGACUAUGGUAGCACCAAUGAGUGUUCCAAGGGAUGCAGUUGGUGUUUGUGUGCUUGGUGAUAGACUUAUGGCAGUAGGGGGAUAUGAUGGUCAACAAUAUCUCACACUUGUUGAAGCAUAUGAUCCUCAUCUUAACGAAUGGGAAGCAGUUGCUCCGUUAAAUGCUGGACGUGCAGGAACUCCAUGUGUUGUCAUAAAACAUUUAACGGGUCUCGGAUUUGAUUAA